AUGGGAGUUUAUGGCUCAUGGGGAGUCGCUCAAGGGAUUUUUGCUGUUUUAAGUAGUGUUGCAUUUUCUUAUGGUGGUGUCAAUGCAUCUAAGAGAUUACAUAAUAACGCAAUUAAACGUGUAUUAAGAUUUAUUGAAGCAACUUCUGGAAGUAUUGUAAUUGACAAUGUUGAUAUCAGUACUAUUGGAUUAAAAGAUCUUAGAAGUAAUAUUACUAUCAUACCUCAAGAUGCAGUACUAUUCAAUGGUACUAUUAGCAACUUGGAUCCAUUCAACAAGCAUAGCGAUCUCAAGUUGUGGAACACGCUUAGGCGUGUACAAUUAAUUAAUAAUUCAAGCCCUACUUCUGAAAAAAAAGAACCAGAAGAAUCAAAUGUUAUUCAUUCUAUUUCAGAUCAGAAAAAUAAUAAACAAGAAGCAAUAACGCUUGACACACCUGUCAAAGAAAAUGGAUCAAAUUUUUCCCAAGGUCAACAACAACUGAUUGCAAUGGCCAGAGCACUAGUUCGUGAUUCAAAACUAAUAAUAAUGGACGAAGCUACUGCAAGUAUAGAUUUUAAAACUGAUCAUCUAAUACAGGCCACAAUUAGGGAAGAGUUUAAGAAUAGUAUUGUUAUCACUAUUGCGCAUAGAUUGCGUACUGUCAUGGAUUAUGAUAAAAUUUUGGUUAUGGAUGAUGGAAAUGUAGUGGAAUUCGAUAUUCCAUACUUAUUGAUGCAGAAGUCUGAUGGGUGGUUUAGGAGAAUGUGUGAAAAAAGUGGUGAAUUUGCAGAAUUAAUGAAAAUUGCUAAGCAGAAAUAUGAGGAGAUAUUAUU